AUGGCUACUUUUUCGUUGAGAAAAGUCAAUCAAGUAAAAAUAAAAACCACAGAAAUAAAAAUAAACAAUACCAGGUUUGUCAAGAUGAUGUUCUGUAUCUCUGCCGAUACAUUACAAGAUAUCUGCCUCCAGUUCAUUUCCAGUAAUCUAAAUAAACUUUGCUACCCCUGUAGAGAAGACGACCAACAGGUAAUUUACCUGAAAUACAAAGAUAUCUUCCUACAUGCUGACCUGGCAGAUUCGCUGUUGCAGAGACUUAAUGAGAAGCGGCCUAUCGAUGACGUACUACUGAGUCUAUUUGCAAACCCCACAACCACUCAGCUUAAGAGAGCACACUUGAAGGAUGCCAAGAUAACACCACAUGCUCUGCGGUUUUUAUCCAAACAUAAAUUGGUUGACUUAGACAUCUCAUCGUCUUGGACGGGCAGACACGCUAUAAGCGGCAAUGACGUGCUGGAGUCACUCAGUCUAUGGACCAUUAAUCACUUACAAGUACUUAACCUCAGUGCUGUUAAUCUAUUUGUAAACUAUCGCCAACCAGAAUACGUAUCAGGUCUUUGGUCCGAGUUACGAUCGCUAUCGCACCUAACAAUCAGUAAAACCGACACUAAUGAUGCUAUAUUACAAAUUCUAACUGACAAAAUCACUAAGUUGGAAUGUUUAGAUAUUUCGCAAACCAAAGUCACUGAUAUCAAAUGCCUGGAAAAAUAUCAAGAUAGUUUAAAAUCGUUGAUAUUGGCCGAUCUGUCAACGGGAGCCGAAUUAUUCUCUACAUUAAGCAGCAUGAAACGUUUAUGUCAUCUAGAUAUUUCCAAAAACGCCGAGUUUAAUAGCGCUCGUAUAAUGAAUGAUUCUCAAGUGGGAAUUGCUGUUAAUGAGUUUUUGGCCGAUGACGAAUGUUUGCCGUGUAUCACAGCAAUAGAUCUAUCAGGUUGGAAGUGUAUUGACGCUCCGAUACUUAAGGGGUUUUUGUCCAAUCAUCCUUCCCUCCAGUUUGUUGGUUUGAUGUUAACGCCUUUGUGCGAUGCUGAUUAUAUAUCAGAUGAAGGAAAUGACGAGUUUAAUGCAGACCUGCAGGUCACUGGUACAGCUAAUGAAAGACAGCUGAUAACUGCGUUGACUUUCUAUAGCAAUAGAUGUCAUUAUGCACAGAAAACACUAUUUCAUUUAUUUAGCCUCACACAGAACACUUUACUGUCGGACUAUGCCAUGAUUAAAGCAAUAUUUGUAACUUUACGUAAUUUCCCAACUCACCUUAACAUUCAGAUGGCAGGCAGUGCAACCAUGUUUAACUUAGUGAAAAGUUUUCAUGAUAGACUACAUAUCUCCAUCCUGAGUCAGAUUGUAGAGUUAGCGCUUGCUGCAAUGAAGACAUUUUUGUACAGUCAACAGCUUCAAAAGAACUGUUUAUUAAUUCUUUAUAAUGAUACAGUACUAAAAGAAGUGAAAUUUAACCGAUUCCGGGUGGCUAGCCUUUGUAUGCAGUGCUUACAUACAUAUGACGAUAAUCCAAUGAAAACUAUGGCUGUGUAUAUUUUAUCAGAAGCAGCCUUGAAAAUAAAUACAGAAGAAAUAGAACAAUUGGCAGUCCAGUCGAAUAUGAAGAAAUUACUGGACAUAGUAAAGGAAAAGAUUGAAGCAAGGCACAUCGACUAUGCCUUGAAAUUCACUCUGAGUGCCUUGUGGAAUUUAACAGAUGAAUGCCCAUCCAGCUGCUACACAUUCAUCCAACAACAGGGAGUGGAGAUAUUCCUGGAAAUGCUAGAGUGUUUUCCAGAUGAAGAAAAUCUUCAAACUAAGGUACUGGGUUUAUUGAACAAUGUUGCUGAAGUUAAGAGGCUUCGUACAUUAUUGAUUAAACAGGAACUAAUUCAACAACUUAAUCUUUUAUUAGACAGUAGUAAAAUAGAAGUGAGUUACUUUGCUGCUGGUGUCGUGUCUCAUAUUAUAAGUAGUGGACCUUCAAUAUGGACUUUACCGAUAGAGAUACGAAAUGAACUUAUUGGGCAGCUGUACAAAGUAGUGAAUAAUUGGACAAUGCCUGAAAGUACAGUGGUUGCAUACAGAUCAUUCCAGCCAUUUAUCUCAUUAUUACAUUGUGAAACAGCAGCAGCUCAGCUGUGGGCAGUAUGGGCUAUACUUUAUGUGUGUACUAUUCAUGAAGAAAAGUACUGCAGAUUGUUGAUCUCUGACGGGGGUAUAGCGUUACUGCAGUCUCUUUGUGACAACCCGUUAACUGAUAUCAACGUCAAAGUUACUGCAUCAAAAGUCCUAAAAUUGCUGAUUAAAUAUCAACAUGUCGACAAAUAA